AUGGUUAUGGCGGGACUCGCCCUUAUGGUGGUUGAUGAUAAGAAAUUCCGGAGCAGAACGAUGGACUUUGAGGUAGAACAGGCCAUCAAUUUACAUUUCUUCCGGAAAUCCAAGGACAAACAAUUUAACACCUGCAUCGCGCACGUCUUUGUAGUAUCGAUAGGUACAAAUACCAUCGGGUACCAGCUCAAAGCCGAAAAUCGGACUUUGAUUGUGGCCAGAUUGCGCGGCGGCGAGCCCAUAGCUAGGGGCGACUAUCAAGCCUUACCACAAGCGAUAUAUGCGCUCGCCAAGACCCCGGAUCAAAGUAUGGUCGUUUUCGUCGAACAUAUCCGGGGCAUAAAUCCCCAAGCAAAAGUCCUGCUCGUCGCAGGUGUUGUCCAGGCCGGUGCAAUGGCUGUGGAUAAGAAGGAAAGUCUCCGGCGAAAAAUAGAGUCCUGGGGAGAUGUAAACAACGUAGCGCUGCGGGUAUCUGAGAAUAAAUAUACCGGAGUGAAGGGCACGGAUACCGGGGACAGGUUGUUUAAUUUUACGCAAUGGGCGUUGGAAUAG